AUGUCAUACUCUGUGCCAGAAGAGACCCGCAAGGUCCUGGUGGAGGGGAUUCUGAAAAAUCCUUUGAUUUCCAAUGACCUCCCCAGAGAAAUCGAAAACCUCAAAGACAAGGUCAUCUUUACGGGCACAGAUGAGCCUCUAAUACCUAUAAAUUGGCGUUUUGCCGAGAGCAUUGCCUCAUUGAAAGCCUUUGAAGCGCUGAUGCUGAGCGCUCUAACUUCUCGAAAAUAUGGCCAUCAGCCUUCGAAAAUUACUAUCAACACUAAUCAUGCGUCCUUAUUCAUUAUGAGCUCGGUCAUCACGCAAAUUUUGGACAAAGAUGGCGCCCCCAGACCGUUCAGUCCUUUUCACGCUGAAAGCGGCAAGCUGUUUCCCAGUACGGAUAUUCAUAAUAGCGUAAACAUGUACCGCCAGCUAUCAUCGAAUAUCUACAAAGCCAAAGACGGCAAAUACUUUCAUACUCAUGGUGACUUGAAUCCGGACUUUACCUUGAAGGGACUAGGGUUGCCGUUGAAGGGCAAUGAGGGAGAAGACUUCGACACUGCCGUCUCGAGAUUCAGAGCUGCCGUGUCUAAAUUUACCUCGGACGAACUGGAUGAACUGAUGAAUGUCCAGCUCCGACAAGCCGGCACAGUUGUUCUGUCCCCAGAAGAAUAUUUUGCAUCGGAGCAUGGAAAAGUAAAUGCUACGAAAGGUCUGUUUGAGAUUAAGCGUGAUCCCGGGAGCGCACAGCCGGCGUCAUGGUGGCCUGAGAACGAAUCGAAGCCCAGUUCCCCCAAACGGCCCCUGGCUGGCCUCAAAGUGGUUGACCUCACCCGCAUCAUCGCAGCUCCCACGAUGUCUCGGGGCCUCGCAGAGUUGGGAGCCAGUGUGAUGCGCGUCACGACCUCCACCGAGCCUGAUCUGUCAGCUGUCCACCAGGAUUUGAACUGGGGCAAAUGGAAUUGCGAUCUUGACUUGCGCAAAGUCGAGGAUAAGGAGAGACUGGUGGCGCUGAUCAAGGAAGCUGAUGUCGUUCUAGAUGGAUAUCGACCUGGUGUGAUGGAAAGAUUAGGCUUUAGCCGCCAGGCAGUCUUUGACAUGGUCAAGGAUCGUGCGUACGGUAUCAUCCAUCUCCGAGAGAACUGUUAUGGCUGGCAAGGGCCUUGGGCAGAAAGAAGCGGAUGGCAGCAAAUCAGUGACGCGUGCUGCGGUGUGUCCUGGCAGUAUGGCAAAGCAAUGGGACAUGACGAGCCAGUUACUCCCGUCUUCCCCAACUCAGACUAUUGCACUGGGGUGGCUGGCACUACUGCGGUGCUACAAGCCCUGUUGAAACGAGCAGAAGAGGGUGGAAGUUAUGGUGUUGAUACCGCUCUGAAUUACUACUCACAGUGGCUAGUAUGUUCUGUGGGAACAUACCCUGAGGACGUUUGGUCCAAGGUUUACUCUCGCCACGGAUCCCCAGUGUUUCGAAACUACGACAAUAUGCCUCGACUACUCCCCAGUAUGCUGAAGUUGCUUCACACUCACGACGCCUCCGAGUUGUUUAAGCCGUCGUUCUUUCGGGCACAGAAGUCUCACAUCCUAGAUACUACAUUCGUUGUGGUGAGACCGAUCGCUCAAUACGAGCCCGCCGUUACUGAGCUUGGCUUUGAUAUCGGUACCAGAGGCAACGGUACGGACGCUCCACUCUGGCCGAAAGACCUCAACGUCGAAGUGGUGAGCACCUGA